AUGUCUGUCUCCCUAGAGAAGCAACCCAAAGAGGUUGACGAGACACCGAUCUCACCAAUUCACCCGGAUACUGCUAGAAAGAAUUCGCUGGAAAAUUAUCUGAUGCACCGCCCCAAUCGUGGGGAACUGGUUGAUAAGAACAUCUUGCCAGCUUCCUCGGCUGCCCCUGGACUUCUUGCUCAUCAGAAGGAGCUUGAGAGAAACAUGCUUGAAGACAAGCUUAAUGACAAGAUAUCACACCGUCCGACCCCAGAAGAGUUGGUCAAGGGCGGCGUCUUACACGAGGACCCACGCGCUGCAGACUAG